AAGGAGAUCACCUUAGAAAGUUUGGCGAUCAAUAGUAGGGGUAACAUCGCAACUAAUCAAUUAUUUGGUUCUGAAUCUUUGGUUACAUCAUUAAAUUGCCACACAAUUGAUUAUAACGAACAACCAAGUGAAGCUAUGCUAGGAAAUACUUAUUAUUCACCAAUAGGCAAUACAUUGGAUUUGAAUUUUGAAGAGCUUCAUCAGACAAUCUUGCCAAUUAUUUUACUUAGCUAUAAUA